ACAGAUUCACAUCACUUUUCCCCAUCGACCACACUUCCUUUUGUAACACGUUCACACUCUCGGUUCUCUCUUUUCCGGUUGCUCAUCUGAUCCUUGAACCCAAGAUCAGAGAGCCGAGCUUGUUCCCUUCCUUAUCACAAAAUACUUCCCAUCACAAUGGCUGCCGCCUCGUGCACCCUCGCAAAGGCUGCUGCUUUUUCCAGCGGCCUGUUCUCCCAGACAGCCGCGAAGCUCGACUCUCUCGCCGUGUCUGGCGGUUUGAGACCAGCCUCUUGCCCGGGCAAUGCCUUCGACUCGUUGCGGAAAUCCUUCGGCUCCAGCCGCGUCACUGCCAUGGCCGGCACGGGCAAGUUCUUCGUCGGUGGCAACUGGAAAUGCAAUGGCACCUCAGACUCCAUCGCCAAGCUGGUCACCGACCUCAACUCCGAAAAGCUGGAAGACAACGUCGAUGUGAUUGUGUCACCUCCCUUCGUGUACCUUCCUCAAGUCAUCGGCGCCGUGAGCAAGAGGAUCGAGGUGGCUGGCCAGAACUGCUGGGUCAGCAAGGGCGGCGCCUUCACCGGCGAGGUCAGUGCGGAGAUGCUGGUGGAUCUGGGCGCCCAGUGGGUCAUUCUCGGCCACUCGGAGCGCCGUCACAUCCUCAAGGAGUCCAAUGAGUUCAUCGGGCAGAAGCAGGAGUACGCGCUGUCCAAGGGCCUGAAGGUGAUCGCGUGCGUGGGCGAGCUGCUGGAGGAGCGGGAGUCGGGCCACACCUUCGACGUCGUCUUCGAGCAGCUCAAGGCCACGGCAGACCACGUGUCGUCGUGGGACGACGUGGUGGUGGCGUACGAGCCGGUGUGGGCCAUUGGUACGGGCAAGGUGGCGUCGCCGCAGCAGGCGCAGGAGGUGCACGCCGCCAUCCGCACAUGGCUGCAGACCAACGUGUCCGCCGACGUCGCCUCCAAGACCCGCAUCAUCUAUGGAGGAUCCGUAACUGCUGCAAACUCUGCUGAGCUUGCGAAGCAGGAGGAUAUCGAUGGUUUCCUUGUUGGUGGUGCCUCACUAAAGGGACCUGAUUUUGCCGCCAUCUGCAACUCCGUCACCUCCAAGGCUGCCACUGUCAAGUCUGCUUGAGCGUUCAUUCCCCAUGAUUCCUACUUCCUAUCCAAACAGCCUGUUUUCUUUUGCUAAGCAGCCUGCUACAUGCCCAUAUUUCCUUGAGAAGUACUUACUGUAUUUGUAGGAGCAUGGAAUUGUUUGUCAGUCCCAUCCAAGGGACGUGAUGCCACCUUUUGAAUGCUGUGACCGCGGUGACCUGCUGGUAUGAAGGUAAUGAGGUUCAUG